GAGACACAGAAGCAGGCCAGUGGGAAUGGACACUGGAAAGGAGCCAGAUGAAAUAAGGGCAAAGACAGCUGCACAACGUGCAGAGAGAUGCCGACCAGAAUGAAAAGCAGUGAUUCAUGGAGCACUGCAACUUAGACACUCCUUGGGUUUCACUCUGAGAGCAACUGCAGGCAGGAUUUGGGUCAGUGAGAGCUGACAUCAAGAUGAAGGGCAGGCAGGCUCCUCCUCCUCCCUGGAGAUGUGGUGCCUGUCAAUCCCUCCUCUUAAUCCUUUCCUACUUACCCCGCCCCCACCACCCCGUCACACUGACCAGUGUCCUGGGCCUUUAAGAGGUGGAUGGGCUGAACUGAGGGAGAGAGCUCACACCUCUCCCUACCCUACUCCUUCUAUCGUGCUGCAACUCUGGCAGUGACAGCAGCAAGCUGCAGCAGAAGAGGGGAGGAAGCCAGAGAGUGCAAGAGGAGCAAAGGAGAAAAGAAGCCUGGCUGGGUUUCCUCGUGCCACAGUGGAAGUCAUCGCAGACACAGGAUUGCUGUCGCACCCACGGUGACUCUGGCACCAGCUGGUGGAGCAGUGGGUCAUGGCGUCCCUGCUGCAAGGCCGGCUGCCCAUCAAUCAAGACCUGCUGCUGAUGCAGAAAGGUAUGCUGAUGCGCAAGGUGAGGUCCAAAAGCUGGAAGAAGCUAAGAUACUACAGACUUCAGGACGAUGGCAUGACAGUCUGGCAUGCCCGGCAGGCCGGAGGCAGGGCCAAGCCCAGCUUCUCAAUCCGACGUGGAAACGGUGCGUGGGGCCAUGAGUCUGAGUUGCUGCGCAACCUGGCAGAGGAGUUCCCCCUGGAGCAGGGCUUCACCAUCGUCUUCCAUGGCCGCCGCUCCAACCUGGACCUGGUGGCCAACAGUGUUGAGGAGGCCCAGGUCUGGAUGCAAGGGCUCCAGCUAUUGGUGGACUUUGUCACUAACAUGGACCAACAGGAGCGGCUGGACCAGUAUCGGCAGAAUGAAAUGCUGAGUGAUUGGUUCCAGCGUGGAGACAAAAACCAGGAUGGGCGGAAUGAGUUUCGGAGAAGUCCAGCGUUACCCCUGAUGAUGUGGAAAAUGGACCAAGAAAUGCCUUACCAUCUCUUACAGACAGCAGACACAUCCCAGUCUGGGACUCUGGAGGGAGAAGUUGUAGAAUUCUAUAAGUCAUUGACUAAGCGUGCUGAGGUGCAGGAAUUGUUUGAAAACUCGUCUGAUGGGCAGAAGCUAACACUGCUGGAAUUUGUGGAUUUCCUCCAAGAGGAGCAGAAAGAAGGAGAACGUGCUUCUGAUCUUGCUCUGGAACUCAUUGACCGCCAUGAGCCUUCAGAUAGUGGCAAACUGCGGCACGUGCUGAGCCUGGACGGCUUCCUCAGCUACCUCUGCUCGAAGGACGGAGACAUCUUCAAUCCGACCUGCCUCCCCAUCUACCAGGAUAUGACUCAACCCCUGAACCACUACUUCAUCAACUCCUCCCACAACACCUACCUAGUGGGGGACCAGCUUUGUGGCCAGAGCAGUGAGGGUUACAUACGGGCCCUGAAACGGGGGUGCCGCUGCGUGGAGGUGGAUAUAUGGGAUGGACCUAACGGGGAACCUGUUGUUUAUCACGGACACACCCUGACCUCUCGCAUCCCGUUCAAAGAUGUUGUGGCCGCUAUAGCACAGUAUGCCUUCCAGACAUCAGACUAUCCAGUCAUCUUGUCCCUGGAGAACCACUGCAGCUGGGAGCAGCAGGAGAUGAUAGCACACCACCUGACUGAGAUCCUGGGGGAGCAGCUCCUGAGCACCACCUUGGAUGGGCAGCUUCCCACUCAGCUGCCCUCCCCCGAGGAGCUUCGGAGGAAGAUCUUGGUGAAGGGGAAGAAGUUAAGAACACUUGAGGAGGAUCUUGAGGAAGAGGAGGAAGAGCCAGAAGAGUCUGAACUGGAGGAGCAGGAGGCUGAGCUGGAGCUGGAGGCCCAGUUUGAAUCUGAGCCCCAGGAGCUGAGCCCUCGCAGUAAAGACAAAAAGAAGGCCGCCCUGCGCAUAUGA